GUUACCUCGACUCGUGUUGACUGAAAAAAUAUUAAAGACACGCUUCCAAUCGGACACUUUCACUGAUGCGAUUUGUCGCUUUAUGUGGUAGAGUUUAAUGAGAUAAUAGCGUUGCAGUGUUCUAGUAUACAGUUUCAGAUUUGUGCUGCCAGGCAUUGUUUUUCUAAAAAGCUUUGCUAUACAGGCUUUACAAGAGUUGGUGACGCUUUCGUUGUGGGAGAAGGUUUUUGUUGACUACAUUGGGAAUUUGCCGCGAGCAACUUGGAAUUAGUGUCACUGGUUUUGGACAUGGUUCCCAACACGACAAGCAUCCUCAGGAAAUGUUUUUCCUGGAUUUUCUGGGCUCUUUUGACUGUCGUGACAGUUCAAGCUAGCAACGGUUAUCCAGGUUUGCGCGUGCGCUGUAAGGCAGAUUACAUGGAAUUGACUUUAAUACGAAAGCACUAUGCAAAGAUCGACCCAGCCACUCUCCGCCUCACAGACGGCAGUUGUGGUCCUCAUUUUCACAACAGCUCCAUUAUGGUGAUCAGAGCACCUCUGGGUGGGUGUGGCACCAAGGCCGGUCCAGAGGGCAGAUUACUUGGGUUUCGCAACGAAGUGUACGCGGAUCUCAAAGGUAGAUCUUCCAUCGCACGAGAACCUGCUUACCAGUUUCGCCUGCAUUGCUUAUACUACACAACUGCUAAAAUAAUGUUACAUUCCUUCAAACCUGACGCAAAAGUCAUUGUUGAACCACCAACAGAAUUUGGGAACCUCAUGUUUGAAACCAACAUGUUCCAAACAGACAAAUACAUCAGCCAGUAUACUCAGUUCCCAGUGAAGGUGCAUGUCAGUGAAAGUGUUUAUCUGCAAGUGAGAGUGAAAUCCAAUGCGUCAGGCUUGUCCAUGCUUCUCGAAAACUGCUGGGCAACACCAACGCCGAAUGCUAACGCGAACGACUCAGAAGUCUACUGGCUGAUAAAGGAAGGUUGCCCUGAGACAAACUACUUAAACUACAAAGCAUCGGAUUCAGUUUAUCAGCGGUUCAGUUUUGAAGCAUUUAAAAUGGAGGAGUCUGAGGUGGUAUAUCUUCACUGUGAAGUGCUCGUCUGCGCUCAUAACUCCGUGAACAAAACGCGUUGUGCCGAAGGUUGCACCAAAGACUCUGGCAGUAGUAGAAGACGGCGGGAUGAAACGAAUCGAGAUCAGCGCAAGGGAGUUACUUCUUUGGGUCCGUUGAAGAUCCUUACCGACAGACUUGAAGUUCAACCACCGCAAAAAGACGAGACUCGUUCCCAAUCCACGCAAGUUACACUUGAGAUCCGAGCAGUGCUACUGUCGUUCUUCUUGGCGUUCCUUUCGCUGAUGUAAUCAACUGUGAAUCACUCAUCACCGCCAAUCAUAGUUGGAGUCGUGAAAGUAAGAUGACUGACAAUAACUCGCGCCAAAUUUUAUAAAGCAAGGAAAGAAUUUAGAAAAGAUACGGCAGAUUGGUACUGUGGUACUGUUUUGUAGGAAGUUAAACUAAAACAAAAUCAGGGAUGGUAGUUACAUAAAAUAAUUAUAGUGUGAGGUAAGAGGGAGAGUGAUUAUAACGUGAUAUGAGGAGAUGAGAGUGUAAAUAAGAGUCAGAUUAACACUUAGAAAUUUAGAAACGAAGAGAGAGAGAGAGAAAAAAAGAUCUUCCUUAGGAACUGUUCAUUAUUUAUCGCCAGGUGGGGGAUGGGGGUCGGGAUGUUUUGAUUGUCUCAAGAUAAAAUUUACUUGAUCCCUCCAUAGGGCCCCUGCAAUAUUCUUAUGAUUCCCCAAUUCCCCAACCCCCUUUCCUCAUUGAAGGUCAAUUGGCAGUCAAUUAUCUAUAGUCCCACAUUUAUACUCUUAUUGGCGACAACUCAACCCCCUCUGUUCCCCGUGAAAACCAUGUCACACUCUCCCCCCAAAAAAAAAUAAUCUUCUGCCCCUCCCCUCGCUUAGGCGAUAGAUGAAUGUCGGUGAAUUAUGCCUACCAGUAAAAGUUCACUCAGAAAGUAACAAAGGAAAGAAAUUCGGCUGGAGGUUACGAAGGUAAAACAGUUCGUCCCUCAAUAGGAACGUUUGGUAUUUAUCGUCAAUCAAUGUGUAUUUAGCCUCAAAACUAGGUAGCAAAUUAUUUAAAACAAUUUUAAGAAGUACGAAGAAUUUAAUGAUGAUUCAAGUUUUGCGCCGCUGUAGUAAUUUACUUCUGUCGAAGUUUAGAAACGUAGAUAUUUUUUUUCUCGAAAAAUAUUUAUCAAAGGUUGU